GACACAGGUGACACACCCCUUCCCCACUCACCCACUUAAAAAUGCUCCGACCGGCCGGCCAUUCCCAUGGCUUCUCCUCGCCCGCAACCCGGAAUCCGUCCCCUCUUCGCUCUCUUCCUCUCUCUUUUCUUUCUCGUUUUCCUCCUCCCAUGGGCGACCGGCUCUUCUCCGCUGGAGUCAUCCCACCUUUAUCGAGUCCUGCACAUCCAAGAACGGGAGCGCUUACCGCCCGCCGUCCAGGUGGCCGCCGCCCGUGGCCUUCUCUCCCGCCUCCUCCCAUUCCACGUUUCCAGCUUCGAAUUCGAGAUCGUUUCCAAGGAAACAUGUGGUGGAGUAGCAUGCUUCAUUAUUAGCAACCAUCCAUCAUUAAGUACAAAAGGAUUCCCAGAAAUACUAAUCCAAGGGACAAGUGGUGUGGAACUUUCUGCUGGUCUCCAUUGGUACUUAAAACACUGGUGUCUGAUACACAUAUCUUGGGAGAAGACCGGUGGUCUACAGUUGUCAUCUCUACCAAAAGUGGGCUCCCUUCCGCAUGUUCCUUCGGCUGGUAUUUUGGUACAAAGACCUGUUCCGUUGAGUUACUACCAGAAUGCUGUUACAUCCAGUUAUUCAUAUGCAUGGUGGAGUUGGGAAAGAUGGGAGAAGGAAAUUGAUUGGAUGGUUCUCCAAGGGGUCAACUUACCACUUGCUUUCAAUGGGCAAGAAGCCAUUUGGCAGAAAGUUUUUGAGGUUCUGGCAAGGCCUAGGAGACUAGCGAGAGGCGAGAUGGACCUCAAGAUGGGCAAUGGAGCAAAAAUUGCUGUAGUAGCUAUUGGCGAGGUUGCCCUACAUUUGCUUGGUGGAGCUAUUAUUGCAUUGGAUGUGGUCUUUCCCGUGCGUCCUAAUCCAAGAUUACGUAGAUAAUAUGGUUCAUGAUUACUUUUGUGAAUUAAGAUGGCAUCAGAGCAGCAGCUUCAACACCAAUACCCUUAGGCAUAUAAAUGGAAGUUGAAGAAAUCAUAGAAGCUAUGAUUGAGAGAGCCCAAGGAUUCUGCAAGUGAUGAAGAUUUCGAGCUGCUUGAUGCUAAUUUCUUUUCCUUGGGUUGCUCGCCGCCUAGGUUUAGUUCAGUCCUUUACUUUGUAAAAAUUUUGGCACUUGAAACAAUCUCUUUGAUCCUGACAAUGCA